GAUCGUAAGACUGAGCAAAUUAACGGAUAAGCAGUGCAACAUAAAAAUAACCUGAAAAAUGACUACAACGGCUGUGACCGGUCUUCUCCCCAUCAUACUUAUUUUUCUUCUUGGUCGGACAAAAGGGAUUAUUGGUGAAGAUCCCCAGACACUGUGUCCUUUUAAUCAGUCAGUAGUUGUGACAGCCAAUGAAAACGGUACUUAUAUAUUCGAAGAUUCGGAAAUACCCUCAAAUUUAGUAUUCACAACUUCUUGGCAAAAUGCCACCACUGAAAUGCGGGUUUGUAUCUGUAAGAUAAAGCGUUGUUUACCGGUCUGUUCGUCGGACAUUGCAGAAACGUAUAACUUAUUAAAGGAUAAAGACAUCGAUGCGGUUUGUACGAAAAAUAUAACCUUGAAUAACGGCACCACCGCCGAGAUGAACCUAAUGACGGAUUUUCAUCGUGUUGUGAAACCUUUGGAAUGCCCUGACGAGAACUGGUCAUAUCUGAAUCCCGAUAUAGGCGAGGAAAUUAAUUAUACACUGUAUGAGAAUGGUGACCUGUUGGACAAAUUUCAGAACAAACACAUGGAGUUCUGUUUUGACAUAGAAUUUCAAGAAUGGAACGGUAUACCCUACUUUUUCAUGGAUCCCAAGGUUUGUUACCCACCAGAGUUUUACUGGGAUGAAGUGAUCACGGGUUGUGGGAUGCUGGUAUCGGUGCCAUUCUUUUUACUAUCGAUUGUCUUCUACAGCUGUGCCUCGAUGCGGGUCAGUGUUCACGCCAAAUGUAUGGUACCCUACUUGGGCUCCCUGGCUGUUUCGUAUUCACUCUCAGGUUUUUUGAAGCUCUCCAGUGUGGAGUUGCCGGAAUUGGAAUGCGUCACUAUGGGUUACGUCAACUAUUUCUGUGUCACAUCCUAUUUGAUAUGGAAUUGCAUCAUAAGUUAUGAUGUUUGGUAUAAAUGUACCAGGGUGGUGAUGAAAGCGUCUUCACGCUUUUUGAGAUAUUCGAUUUUGGGUUCAGUAGUUCCACUGGCAAUGACGGCACUGACUUAUGCUGCUCAGAACAGUGAAAUUCAGGAGAGUUUAUUACCCGGCAUCAAUGCCGAACGGUGCAGCAUAGAUACGGGCAGCUGGUCAGCUUUAAUUUAUCUGUAUGGACCCUGUAUUGCUGCACUGACAUUCAGUAUUGUGCUCUACGUCCAUGUAUUAUAUUAUAUGAGGGAGUGUGAAAGGUCAACACAAGUUUCGCGUGAUACAUUAAUGCUAAGUGUUCGCCUAUUCAUAUUGAUGUGCUCCUCGUGGUUGUGCGAUGUUAUUUCGUAUUUUUUGAAAAUGUUUUGGCAGAACAUACUGUUAUACAUGAUACCGGACAUUCUGAAUGCCAUGCAGGGAAUUGUUAUUUUUUAUCUCUGCGUAUGCCAACGCCGAAAACUAAGAGCCAUGGACCGAAGACGCAGAGGACAGGUUACUUCCAUCGAGUUCACAACCCUGGUUAGUUCGUAGGUGGUGUGAUUUGUUGCGGCAAUGUGCCAUUUCAUUAAAAUUAAAAAAAAAAAAAACAAUUUUGAUGUUCCGUUUUUCCUCCCUUCAUGUAUUUAAAGUAAAAAAUAAAAAAAGUCUCUCUGUCAGUCGGCUAAGCCAUGACAGAGAUUGUGUUAAAAAAG